CGCCAGGGGGAUCCGCUCUCUCCCCUCUUGUUUGUACUGUGAACGGAGGGGUUUGCAGCCCUCCUCCGAAAGGCGAUCACAGAGAAAAAUUUAGAGGGGGUGAAAGUAGCUCCUCAGGCUCCAAGAGUCUCGCAUAUGUUCUUCGCGGACGAUUCUUACCUUUUUUGCGAGGGUCUCUGCAGGAGUGCGACAAUUUAAUUGAGGUGUUGAAAGAAUAUGAGGAACUGAGUGGCCAACGCGUUAACUUGGCGAAGUCGGCGGUGUGCUUUAGCAAGAAUAUUUCCACGCCAGAUCAGGAGUUCUUGGCCACGAUUCUAGGGGUUGGUGCGGUAGGGAUCCAUGAUAAAUAUCUGGGGCUUCCAACGCUGGUUGCUCGGUCCAAAAUGGUUAAUUUCAGAUAUUUGGAGGAAAAGCUCCUAGAGCGUCUUCAGGGGUGGAAGCAAAAGACAUUGUCGUGGGCUGCGAAGGAAACUUUGAUUAAAUCCAUAGCGUUGGCUCUCCCCCUUUAUGUUAUGUCCUAUUUUCGUCUUCCCCUGGCGCUUUGUCGUCUUUUAGAUAGGCAUGUGGCCCAUUUUUGGUGGGGGUGCUGAGGACGGUAAUCCAAAGAUUAGAUGGGUGUCCUGGCGGAACAUGUGCAUGAGUAAGCAUGAGGGGGGGGAUGGGAUUUCACCAGUUCGAGCAUUUCAACCAAGCUCUUUUGGCUAAGAUAGGCUGGCGUAUCCUCAAUGAACCUCAAUCGCUUAUUGGCCAGAUUUAUAAGGGCAAGUAUUUCCCUCAGGGAUCUUUCCUGACCGCGACUGCUAGGUCUCGUCCCUCUUGGGGGUGGCAAAGUAUCCUUCAUGGGCGUCAGUUAUUGGAGAUGGGUUUGAGAUGGCAGGUUGGUAAUGGCCAAUCAGUCUCCCUCCUUCAUUCUAACUGGAUUCCCAGGUACCAACUAGAUCCCCCAUGCUAUAAUCCGCGGAUCUUGCCUGAGGGAGGGGGGUGAUUCCUUGGUGGUAGAGGUUAUUUGUGAGGGGGAGGAAUGUGGUCUGAUGAGAAGUUCAGUCAAUGGUUUGACCUGCCCACCUGUAAGGCUAUUAAGGCUAUUCCUCUCCCGCGGUAGGAUGUGCCUGAUAAGCUUAUCUGGCAUUUUACGGCCGAUGGGGUUUUCUCGGUUAAGUCGGCGUACCAUUUGGUUGUGAACUUGGACAGUAGGAGGGGGUGGGUGGCGAUCCUCGGUUAGCUGGAUGGAUAAGCCAAUGUUGGAUUAGAGUUUGGGAGGCGAAGAUCCCUCCGAAGUUGAAGGUUUUUGUUUGGCAAAUUCUUAAUCCGGGCUCUGCCGACUAUGGAGGCGCUUAUUGAGAAAAAGGUCCAGGUGCUACCUCGGUGUCCAGUUUGUUGGGAUGGCCCGAAAACAAUGGAACACCUGUUACUUUAUUGUCCGGUUGCGGGGGCUCUCUGGGAUUAUUCUGGGCUGGAUUAUUUGGGGGAGGUUUUGCCUCGACAUACUUUUUCGUUGUUUCUCAAACGUCUGUUGGCUUUGAUCCAUCAACCGUCUGUGGUUAUGGCUGUUGUGGCCAUCCUUUGGAGGAUCUGGCGAUCUCGGAAUUGGGUAGUCUUUGAAGGCAAACAAUUUGGGAUCCCGGCGCUCAUGCGACAGUUAAACCAACAGUAUGAGGAGUGGGUGGGUCUACCAGCGGACCAGGCGCCUAGGGUACAAAUCCCGAUGAUGCAAUCUGCCGCACAAGUGAGUGAAUUCCUAUUUGGUUUGCAUGUGGGACGGGGCUACUAAGGGUGGGUCGCAUUCGGCUGGUGGGAUGGUUCUUUUUGGCCCAGCGCGGACACUCCUUCUGGAUAGAGGAGUCCAGUUUGAUCAAAUGGAUGAUCCUGCAGUGGUGGAAUUGCUUGUGCUCAGGGAAGCUAUUAUUUGGUGUAUGGAGCAAGGCUUGUCGGAGGUCCGAUUUCAGGGUGAUGCGAAGGUUGUUAUUGAUAAAUUUAAUCAAGCCGACACAAGAGAUAGCCGGUUGGGUGCUGUUCUAGAAGAGAUUGGUCAUUAUUUUCGUACUCAGCCUGGCUUUAGUGUGCGUUUUGUAGGUCGGGAGAACAAUAGGGUAGCUCAUUUGGUAGCUAGGAAAGCCCUCUCUUUGUAUCCGACUAUGAGUCGCUUCUUUGAUUUCCAGACCGGACUGGUUUCCAGGGUGUAACUAUCUAUUUUUUUAUAUCAUAAAUGAUGUAACACCUUAGGUAAAUCCCACAUCGACAAAGCACGGGAGAGAUCCAUGGUUCAUAAGUAGGAAAACGACCUUAACUGACAAGACGCGUUUUGGAGUGUAAUGAAAGAGUUCUUGUGAGAACUCCGAAGUUAAACGUGCUCAGUGUGGAGUAUAACAAGGAUGAGUGACCUUAUGGGAAGUCACCUUGAAUUGCACCCCAAGUCGAAAUCCGUGCGGGGGUAGAAGUCCAAAGCGGACAGUAUCUUGUCGGGAAAAGGUUCGGGAUGUUACAAGUGGUAUCAGAGCCUCUCCGCGUCCCUCUUGAACGAUGGUGGGGCAAACCUCAACGAGGGCGUUGAGUCCCAAGGGGGGGGGGGGGGUAUGUAAAAACUUAGCCAAAUCCCACAUCGACAAAGCACGGGAGAGAUCCAUGGUUCAUAAGUAGGAAACCGACCUUAACUGACAAGACGUGUUUUGGGGUGUAAUGGAAGAGUUCUUGUGAAAACUCCGAAGUUAAACGUGCUCAGUGUAGAGUACAACAAGGAUGAGUGACCUUAUGCGAAAUCACCUUGAAUUGCACCCCAAAUUGAAAUCCGUGCGGGUGUAAAGGCCCGUCCAAUUUUAUGAUUGAAAAUUGGUACCACCCCUCCACACAAAACUUCCCCCGAUUCCCAUCUCUGUCUUUCCAAUAAUCAAUUUAUUUUCUCCCCACUCCAGCAAGUCAAAACCCUUAUGCCACCGCACACGAGACCCUCAAUCUUCGACAAAAUCCAUGAUCUUCACCCCUCCUUCUCUGAUCUUUGUGGCUUGAAGCUUAGACCUUUGCUAGCUCACUUCUUCGGCCGAUGUCCCUGUUUACCCUGCUACUCAGUCGGACUCACCAUCACCGGCCAGAUCUCUCGUCCCUACCUAGAGCUCUAAGCUUCGUGGAAUCCUGGUCCGACCACCAUUUCCCUUUCUCAGUGGUUCCGCAUAUGUCUAUUCUUGUAUGAUGGGAAGAACUUAUGCAUUUAAUUUAGUUCUCUCGUUAUUUGAUUUAGCUUAUGGUGAACUCUCUAUCUCUUGGUGGUACAGUCGGCUUUUGGCAUGAAGGAGCUAGAGUCAGCAAGAACUUGAACCUUCAUUCCUUACGAGGAUGGGAUGAACUUUGUGCUUGUGGUGUGCGCUGAGGAGAAGUAGGAUUUGGAGCAAGCUCACUCGAGGUAAGGCCUUGUAAGAGGUAAUUAGGGUUUGGUAUUUGUGAUGUUUGAAUUAUUGAAUUCGUAUCAAUUAGAACUACAUAACUGAAAUUAGAAUUGGGCAUAAAUCUCUUGCUUGAAUUAGGAAGAGCUGAAUGUACGUUCUUAUUGAGCUAAACAACUCUGGGUCUUGGGUUUGAGAUUUUGAUGAGAAUGAUGUGAGUCUGCAUGUAUUACUCAUUUAAUCAAAAUUUCAAUCAAAUGUUCUUAAUUAACUUCAGCUAGAUAUGAGUUUUUUGUUAAUCGUUUUAUCUCACUAUGCUACUUGGAUUUUUUGUUUUCAGGGUUAUGUAAGACAAGAAAAUACACUGCUGGGGACUCUUACUGUGAGAGAAACCAUAAAAUACUCUGCUCAUUGGGACUCUCAAGCACAAUGAUGAAAGAAGAGAUUUAACCUACCACUGAAAUCCUUACUAAGUGGUGGGGAGAAGAACAGACUUCGACCAAAUCAAACUUCCUUUGAUGGGAUCUAGUGAGGUUCUUAAGACUAAUAGGGUAGGAUUCAAUCCUCGCAAUGUUUUUCUUCCACAUUUUUAGAUAGACUAUCAUUCAAUACAACCAAAGCAGUUUGAAAUCCAACUCUACAGACUGUUUUUAGUUUGAGCUACUGCUUGUGACAUCUUUCUCAUAUUCACAGACUUCUAGUUUCAAGCAUUGGUAAACCACUGGAAUCUUCAACAUACUUGCCAACAUGAGAGAUCAAGUCAAUGCUAAUCAAGUAAUAUAGGCUAUCGAAUUAUGCAGCAAUGGAGAAGGAAAGAAUGAAGGAAAAAUAUUUUGUUUUAUUUGAUGGUUAAGUUCCAUUUUAUUGGAUUGCUUAUUUGACUGCAUCAAGAACGAGACCAUAUGCUAGCCGAAAUUGAAAAUAUGCAGGUGUGGCUUAGAACUUUCUGAUUUAUUAUGUAUAUUUUGUAUUACUAGCUUCCUCUUAUGAUUCGUCAUUCUCUGUGGUCUGAUAACUUAUGCAAGUGUGAACUAUAGAAUGUGAAAGCAUUAUUGAAUUGCAUGAGUUCAAAGUAAGAAUUGAGUAUGUGAAAGCAUUAUUGAAAUCAAGCUCUGAAUUCUAGUGGAAUGUCCUUAACUUUAGUGGAUACGAAUUUCUUUGAAUGUUUCAUCUCACUCUAACUUCAUUGAACUUGAAGCUAGUUGCAAACACAGUUGAGGGACAAUAUCAUGGAGAACCAGACAAAUUGGUCAGGUGGCUUUGAGCUGUUACAAUCUCUUAUUUCCAGAAUGUUUCCACCCAUUGAGAAGGUUAGUCGUCCCAAAACUUAUAAGGGGAAACAGAAGGAAAAUUUUGAACAAGUAGCUACUGUCAGUUUGGGCUCAAUUUGUUCACUUUACCACAUGUGUUGUCAUCGGUAGCCUUCAAUCCUAGUCAUUCUCUUCUUGCUUUCUUAGGGUGUUCGUGCUCUGAUGGAGGUUAACUAUCAAAGAAGGAAGGUUCACUGACACCUAGAUUGACAUUUUCUAAACCUCUAAGCCAUAGGUGCAUAAUCUUUUUCCACUACUUUCCAUUGUUAAUAAUUGAUGAAACUAAGUAAUAUUCCUUCCCAUUUUCUCUUUCAAGUCUAUUGCAUAGUAAAGGAAGACGUAAGGAAGGUGGUGUUGAAGGACAAGGUUUGUUGGUGUGCUUCGUCUUUCUUCCCAGUAUGCAGAACCUUUGCGAUUAGUAAAAUGCUUAUUUUGACUUUUGUGGGUACUGAAUAUGGUUGGUGUGAAUAUUUGGUUUUGUAGUACACUUGUCUCGGUUGGUGGGUGUUUCUUUAUUAAGUUUGUUUAAAUACAAGGCUGCAUUCUUUAGUUUUGGCAUUAAACUAUAUUUUGUUUUAUGAUAGUGAAUGAGCUAUUAAAAGUUGCAUAGCUAGCAGGUAUUUUUUGGUUAUUUACAAUUUAGAAGGUGUGAUCCUUUUACACUGAAUCAUUAUAGUUUGGAACUUUUUUACCGUAAUCUCUCUUUGAUCCUUCAAAUAGACUUUGAUGUUUGCUAGAAAUUGUACCAUUUAUCGUUCAGGAUCCAGAGCCUAAAGAAUAUGCUGCUUUAUGAAGUUAUCUAAUGUCUAGGCCAACAGGGGUAAGUACUUUUAUUCCUUGUUUAAUAUAUUGCAUGAUUUUGGUUGUGGCCUGGAAGUAUAUCUGCUUAAUGGAAAUAUUUAUGUUCAUAUUUCUUCAUUUGUGUUAAGGCUAUUUUAUGACUUCAACUAAUUUGCUUCUUACGUUGACCGGUAGCUCUCUAAGUAGCAUAUAGUAUCAAUAGGAGAGGAGACAAUUUGAGGUAAACCAUAUUAGGAGGACAUGUAACUCUUGUAGUUAGUGUAAACCAUCUUAUAGUAGGUAGUUUGAAGUAUGUAACCAGCUAGCAUGAUGAAUGAACAAAGUUUUUUGGUACAGGGGACUCCUUUGUUCCCUUUUUUAUUGUGAUCUUUGGGUGAGAAGAUGUGAUUUGUGAGAGAAUCUUGUUCUUGGAAUUCAGUUUCUUGUUCGGGAAAUUGUUCUUUCUGUAGUUUGGCAAUCUUGUUUUAAGUGAUUUUCACAUAUCCGUCUCUAUUUAUUUCUCUUGUUUUGUGCUUCCAGGGGUUCUUUUUCGUUUGCUUAUUUUGGUUUGCUUCUUGACAGGUUAAGAUGGCAUGCUCUACAUCAUGUGGAUGAUUUAGAAGAGACCUUGUAGAUCUUGUUGGAACUUAAACCUUUAUCCAGCUAGAGAUUAUCCCUUUCAUUGCAAAUUGUUGAUUCGAGUUUCAAAUAGGUAGGAUUUGGUCAAUUUCCUUGUGAGUAACUUAUAAUAUCACUUUUGAAGGGUUACGUGAAAAUAGAAAUUCAGUAUAGGUGAAAACAAUGCAUAAAUCCACUUUUUAAUUUUAGUGACGAUCUCAAGAGGCAUUUUAGUGUGCUUUAUAGUAUUGUUGCUAUAAAACGUUUACAGCCAUUAGAUCAUGUUCAAACUAUAUCAACCAUUAGAUUUUAUUUAAAUUAUUAAUAUAUUAUUUUAUUUGUGUAUGGACAACCGGUACAACCAGGAAUUCUCUUAUCCUUCUCCUCUCCACGCAGAUCCGAAACCUUCUUCUCACCGCCGAUCUCGUCGCCGCCAUUCUUCCUUCGAUCCUCUUCCUUCGAUCUCGUCGCCGUCAUUACCUCUCCCUAUUCGAAUGCGGCGAGCCAGAUUCUGACGACGACAGUGAAAGCGGCAAGCACGGGGUGACGAAGAAAAGAAGAAGCUCGUUGAUUGCAGCAUCUCUUUGACUGCGGCGAGCCGGAUUCCGACGACGACAGUGAAGGCGGCGAGCAGGGGACGACAAGGCGAGCAUCUCUUCGUCGAUUGUGUUUCGCGGAAAAGGGGAUUGCAGCACCUUGUCUCCUCCAUUACCUCUCCCUUCCCCUGCACAGAACCCCCUCUUCGCAUCGAUAGCAAAUGAAGACCGCUGACCUACCUCCUCCAUCGCAACAUUUUCCGGUUAGUAUGCCUAUCAGUUCUACAAUUUUAUUCAAUUUUCCGGUUAGUAUGGCUAUCAGUUUAGGGAUUAUGUUGGGAUGUUCUAGAUUUACAAAUUUCGGUAGGGGGAUUGAAAUUCCAUGCUCGUUUUAGGUUUAUGAGUUUAAUUGGUCAUGUCCUUUUACCAGGUUGAUGUCCUUGUACUAUCUUCUUUGUGUUUAUCUUGACGAAUCACUGAUCCAUUCCAAUUCAAAAAUGACGAAUCAGUCAUCCAUUCCAUGUAAGUGGCAGAACUUCUGAUCCCCUUGAUAAACAUUUGAUUUCUGACAUGGGUUAUAGUUAGAUUGUGUAAAUAACUUGUUGUUGUUCAUGAUCUGUGUUAGCUUUAUCCACUCUCUCAAUUCCAUGCUUUUAUUUCCAAUUCCACGAAAUGGAUCAAUAGAUUGCUUUGUGGGAAACGAUUGUUCCCUGUAGUUUACUAGUACAAGUUGCUUGCUUAGGGGUUGAUAGGCCUGUUUAUACCAUCUGAAUAGCUAAAACGAUUGGAUCUGAUGAGGGCUUUUUGUUCCUUCUUGAGAGCCUCGUCCAAUUGCCAAUGUUUGUUGGUUUUGAUCUCGUGGUCACCUAGUAGACAUUACGAAUUGGGAGUGUCCGUUCUCAUAGUGGGUUGGAAUUGGGAGUUAGCCAUAAUUGGAUAAAUGUGUUUCUUUUUUGGUUUGAAGAUAUGUGCAUUUGCGUACUGGGGAUACACUAUUCUAUGAAACUUCACACUCCAAUGGACUGCUGUGAUUGUUCAUUAUGUGCCUGUAGACUGCCUCAUGUUCCAAUUACUAAGGGGUCGUUUGCUUCAAGGAUUUGCAUCAUGGAUUUGGUACCAAAAACCAACCAUCAUGGAUUUACACAUAAUCCGUUGUUUGCUUUGUCAAAAAAUGUUUAGAUAAAUCUGUGGGCCCCACGGAUUUGAGUUUUUUUUAGUUUCAAAUCCAUGGGCCCCACGGUUUUAUAAAUCCCACCUCAUACCCUGGGAUUUGGAGACAAGUUGAAAAACCAUGCCCACCUCAUCAAAUCCAUGAUAAAAAUAGCUCAACAAACAAAAGAUUUCCUCAAAUCCAUAAUGCCCAAAAUCCCUAAUUAAUCCCAAGGUUUUUAAUUAACAAAUCCAUGACAAAACUCUCGUUAUAAAAUCCUUGAAGCAAACGACCCCUAAAUGAUUUGGAUUUUACAGUUUUGAGAUUAAAUCAAUCAGUAGUCCUAGUCACAAGCAGGAUUGGAUUGCAUUGAGUGCCUAUUAAAAGCAAAUCGGAGUUCCAUAAUCCCGAUUCUUGUUCAAACGCUCUAAAAGCGUUCUACUUUUUUUUAUUUAUUGUCUCAAUAGUUAGAGACUCAAAGUCUGUCCUCCUCAUAGGGUGUAAGUUUAGAAUUGGUUUACUGAGUUGAUUAUUGUGUGAUCAUAUGAUUAGUGUAUUGGCAAUAUGCUAUGGUCUUUUUAUCAUGUGCAUCUUCUCUUACAUAUGGCAAUGGAUUUAGUUCUUCUAGUCGUUGGAACUUGAUACUGAGGCAAGCGUGCUUGUAAGCUGUGGUAUAUUAUUGCAUUUUCAAUAUUGAUAGAAGCAAUAUAGUGAAAACCAGGAUUGAACUCACUGCCUGGAGAAUGUGUUUUGCAAAUGCUUUGUUCGAUGGGAGUUCAAUUUUCAUUUCAACUUUAAUCCUCUGAAGCUAUUAGCAAUAUUUUGAAUUUAGUGGCAGUUGUUUUGACUACCAGAAGAUCUUGGUCACUUAGAUAGUAAUGUUCAAGUGUGGCAGGGUUUGUAAUUUCACUUUCUUUGUGGGGGCACUAAAGAGAAGGAGAGUAGUGAUUCUGUUACGUGACUCUCUCUCUCUCUCUCUCUCUCUCUCUCUCUCUCUCUCUCUCUCUCUCUCUUCUUUUGUUCUCUCAGUUUACUAUGUUCCCCCAUUUUUGCUUGAAUCAGAAAGGAGUAGUAGCAAAUAGCCCGUAGGCUGAUUUGCUACUUAAAUCGAACGGUUUUCAUUGUUUGUGUUCAUCCAAUUGGCUGUAGUUGAGAUUGUUGUAUGAGAUUGGUAGGAGAGCGUCUGCAUUAUCAAUAUAAUAAUUUGUUUCAUCAUUCAUGUGGAGUUUCGAGAGCUAUUGAAGAGUUUCCUAACUGACCUUACAGUUUGAAUAUCGAAGAAUAGUGUUUUAGCUGCACUUCACGGUGGUGAUACAUUUCCUUAUAUUGUUGGAUGAGUCAUCACACCAGCAUGCAAGUUUUGUGCUUCAAUUUUGAAGAAAUCAAACUCUACUAACACUCAGACUUGAACUUAAACUCCUCUAGCCAAAGAUCCGAAAGAGAACAAACAUCUUAUUCAAUUUUCCGGUUAGUAUGCCUAUCAGUAUGCAUAUCAGUUUAGGGAUUAUGUGGGGAUGUUCUAGAUUUACAAAUUUAGGUUGGGGGAUUGAAAUUCCAUGGUCGUUUUAGGUUUAUCAACAUGUUUCUAUGGAGCCCAGGCUUUGGGACUGAAAUUCCAUGCUUUUUUAGGUUUAUACUUUUCCUCAGUGCUGCUGGGACUGAAGUUCACACUUGUUCUGUGCUACUCGGAUUUCUAGGGUUCUUGUGGUAAAAGAGACAGUUGUAAGUGUAUGGGAAGCCCACAAACCAGGGUGUGACUCAGCUCAAGUUCAAGCAUAGCAAGCGAUCGGUUGUAGAGGAACGUGCUAGGAGAAAGUUUGGUGGACUCAAGGUUCUCAAUUUUGACUUAAUCAUCGAGGUAUGUACUAUUGGACACUACGUUUAACUUCAUUGUAACUUAUAUUAAACGGAACAAUGUAGGCUUGAAUCGUUAGUGUUGAUAGAUAGACUGAACGAGAUUCCCUGUUAGUGUAGCUUAUUUUGAUGACCAGAUUAAACCUUAUUUAGCUUAUUUUGGUGGCUCCUAAGUUCUUUUCCAUAUCUCCCCCUUCUUAUUCUUGUUGGUGUUAUGUUUCCCAAGUUAGUAGGGAUAUCAGAUGAUUUUUUCAAUGUCAAAGCUUGUUGAGAUUGAAUGAGAUCAGAGCUGGGAAAAGGAAGUAUUCUGUUUUGCUUAUCUCAUGAAAAGAUGUCAUGACUGUGAAAUUUUCAGAAUUAGCCGUGAGAAUGCUUAGUGAAAUCUGGGUGUUUUUAGUUUCACGACUUAGUUUAACGGCUGUGAUUUAUGAAGCCAAAGCCGUGAGAUUGCCUGGGGAUAUGAAAACUGCUCUUUACUUCUCACGAGGCAUGUCACGGGCGUGAGAAUUUGAGAAUGAACCGUGAGAACUGUUUAAUGAAAGCUGGGUGUUUUGGGUGAAAUUUAUAUAUGCCAAUGGCGGAUUUCAUGGUUAAUUAGUGUACUCAGGUAUUGAGGUAAGGGGUUUUCAAUUCUUACGGUAGUUGGAACUUGAUACCGAGGCAAGUGUGCUUGUGAGCUCUGGUAUAGUCUUGCAUUUUUUCAAUAUUGAUAAAAGCCAUAUAUUGAAAACCAGGAUUGAACUCAUUACUUGGAGAAUGUGUUUACCAAAUGAUUAAAUGAUCCUUUUCUAGAAUGAAACUUUGUCAUAACCACGUUUUCUAGAAUGUGUUUAACUGUGAAAGUUGCUUCUUUAGAUAAGUGGAGGACGACUCUGGCUUUGUGUAUUUUGUUUGUAGUCUUCGGCAUGCUUAUAAUUCGUGUUUCAAGGCAUGCUUAUAAUUUUGUUGUUUUAAUUUUGCAGUUUGUUAAAAUUGUUCUAUAAUGAGGACGAAGAGGCAUGACCUUUUUAGCACGCGAUGUUCUCCGAGGAAAGUAUUCUCCAUAGUCUUAAAUUUAGAGGCUUAUCAAUAAGAGGCCAUUAAUAGAUCUGGCUUUGGUCGGAUUCUUGAAGUCAAAGGAAGAAUGUUACAACGUGAGUUGUUGGAGAAACUUUUAAAGAGCUUUAAUUUGGAAGAAAGCACAAUUAAGGCGUAUGGGCUGAAAGUGCAUAUUUCGGCCAAAGAUUUCCAGCGAAUUAUGGGUGUCCCCGAGGGAGGGACGAAUAUCGUCUUGGAUGGUGAAGAAGUGGUUGGAAGAUCCGAGGAACUGAAAGAAUUUAGAGUGUAUUCGACUCGUGACUGUGAUCGACAGACGAUUUCCACGAGCUUAAUGCGAAAGACGUUGAAAAUAAAAGAGAGCAGCGACCUAUUUGUUAAAUUUUUUAUAUUGUAUGA